GUCUGUGCUAAGGACAUCAACGAGGUGCGCAUAAUCAUAAGACUGAGUUUUUCAUCUAGCGGCGAAAACGAAAAUAAGUCGAAUUUUUACCAAUAAAAAUCACAAAAUGGAUGAGCAACAAAUAGAGGAUAUGCUCAGGAGGUUGGAGAAUGGUGACAUUUCGGAAGAUGAUUUAGAGUCAGAUGGAGAAGAUAUUUCUUAUAACCCAUAUCUAGGAGCCUUAGCAGCUGAAUUAGAGGACGAUGAAGACGUUCUUACGGGACAGGACAAUUCAGAAGAUUUUCUGGACCAACCAUUGAUUCAGGAUGAGCAGCUUAUGCAAGGCGCACAGUCGUUGGAGCGAGUGGAAGCACAACCGACUGAAUCUCUCAUGAAUUUGAGGAAUUUACUGUGGAGAAAACAGUCUUUUCUAUUUGAUGAGAAUAACAUCAAAUUUGGUGGGUCUGAAAAGUUACCUUCAUCUAUAAUGGAACUGCAAAGUCCGUAUCAGUUUUUUACCUACUUUUUCACGAAUCCGUUUAUGGAAAACAUUGUUACUGAAUCAGCACGCUAUGCUGUCCAGAAACAACCUGACAGACCUGAAAUAUUCACAGUGGGUGAACUUCGCAAAUAUUUUGGUAUUUUAAUAUUUAUGUCUGUUUACCAUUAUCCGAGCACAAGGUCGUAUUGGUCUAAUAAAUUUGGCUUCAGUCCCAUCAAAGAGGCAAUGCCAAUAAAUAAAUUUGAGAAAAUGCGAAAGUUACUGCACUUCAAUAAUAAUGAUGAUCAUCUGCCAGUAGACCACGUGCAGCAUGACAGGCUUCAUAAGUUACGUCCUAUAAUCACCCAUUUAAAUGAAAAGUUCUCUAGCGUGACCAUCGAGCAGCGAUUAUCUAUAGAUGAACAGAUGUGCGCCACCAAAGUGGGACAUUUUCUCAAACAAUAUCUCCCCAACAAACCCCAGAAAUGGGGUUUUAAAUUGUUUGUUUUAUGCAAUUUGAGCGGUUUUGCUUAUAGAUUCAUAAUCUACUCUGGGAAAGAAGCUAAUGAAGGAUCCUCAAACAGUCAAAAGCUGGGAGUUGUAGGACAAACAGUUAUGAAUUUGCUGAGUGUGGUACCCAGGCAAAGAAAUCAUAUUGUCUAUUUUGACAAUUACUACACAUCUUUGCCAUUGAUGUGUAUACUUACUAAGCAAGGUAUACAUUCCCUAGGCACUAUUCAAAGAAACCGACUGGGAAAAACUUGCAAGUUGCCAACUAAGCAGGAUGUUAUGAAAAGUUCAAUUCCAAGAGGUUCUUAUGAAGAGUAUGUUACAAAUUUUGAAGGUAUUGACAUGACAACAGUAAGUUGGAAGGACAAUAAGCAAGUUGUGUUAGCGUCGACAUACGUUGGAGCAUGUCCCGUAGGGAAUAUCGAACGAUUCGAUAAAAAAGAAAAAAAGAGGAUUCUUAUCACGUGCCCAAAGCUAAUCAGGGAAUAUAACAUGCACAUGGGUGGUGUAGACCUCAUGGAUUCCUUUUUAGGAAGAAAUAGGAUUCGAAUGAAGAGCAGAAAGUGGUACAUGAGAAUCUUCUAUCACCUGCUUGAUUUAACAGUAAUAAAUUCGUGGGUGUUAUAUAAAAAAGUUGAAGAAAAAAAAGGAAACCACAAAAAAAUCAUGACCCUUGCAGACUUUCGAUCAGAGUUGGCAGAAACUCUUUGCAAAUAUAGUCCCGCUAACAACAGAGGGCGCCCAAGCACCAGUGCAAUUAGGGAAGAUCAACCCCCACUUAAAAUGCGAAAAGGGAAACCUUGCCAAGUUUUGCCACCCCUUGAAGUUAGACUCGACCAAAUGGAUCAUAACAUCAUGAGAACAGAAACACGUGGUCGAUGUAUGAUGCCAUCAUGUAAUUUAUUAAGUAUAAUUAAAUGUUCUCUAAGUGCAAUGUUCACUUAUGUAGUAAGAAAUCCAAAGAUUGUUUCACCCAUUUUCACAAUUCUUCAACUUUGUAAAAUCAUGAUUAUUUUGCAAAGCUAAUGCAUACUGUAUCGAAAACGAUACAAAAAUAUUUUUAUAAAAAAAUAAAUGUUCCCGUU